ACUUUCUCACAUGCAAACCUCUCACGAUAACAACCUCUCAAUAUGCGUAUUAUCAGCACGAAACUCUAUCUUCCCUCGCAUUGGCCAGGUAACGCUCCGGGAUGGGCCAGACGUCAGUGCAAUGUCAUCGUAACGAGACGAUGUGAGGGGGUUAAGUAGCUGAUUGUGGAACGCUAAUACCUAUUUGCAAACAAUCUUUCCAUCUGAUUGCGCGCUCACUGCUGCUUUGGGCUCUGCGCCAGCUACACUCCGUGCUGUUCCAUUGGACGGUACACAAGCAUCUUACCCGUGUUCCCGGCGUCUAGACGAGCUAUAGAAUGGAUGCUACAGAGAGUAGCAAGCUAAGCGAUGGGAUCAAUGCGCCUAUGUGGAUGUUUUGGAGACGGCGACGGUACGUGCUGGUGUUUUUGGCAUUCUUUGGUUUCUUCAAUGUGUAUUCGCUGCGGGUUAACUUGAGCGUUGCGAUAGUGGCAAUGACGGAGAACCGGACCGUACAGUACCCCAAUGGAACGAUCGGAUACGAGCAAGAGUUUGACUGGGACUCCACCACGAAAGGAUACAUUCUGAGCUCCUUCUUCUAUGGCUACAUCUUUACGCAGCUUAUCGGUGGUUACAUCUCCAACGCACUCGGUGGGAACUAUGUCUUUGGCGUUGGGGUUGGUGUUACGGCCGGUCUCACACUGCUCACGCCGCUCGCCGCACACGCCGGCUUCGGUUGGCUGAUCGCCGUGCGUGCCACCGAAGGCUUCUUCGAGGGUGUCACCUUCCCCUGCAUACACGCCAUCUGGUCCAACUGGGCACCACCGAGCGAACGGUCGCGCAUGGCAACGAUCGCAUUCUCGGGCGUGUUUACCGGCACCGUCGCCUCCAUGCUGCUGAGCGGUGUGCUCGCGGACACGCUCGGCUGGGAGUGGGUGUUCUACAUACUCGGUGCCUUCGGCUGCCUGUGGUUCGUCGCUUGGAUGCUGAUCGUUAAAAAGUCACCCGAAUCCGAUCCCUACAUUACCACCAAGGAGAAAGAGUUCAUACUGGCCACGCUGCAGCGUUCCGCCGCUGGGGGAGAGAAAGUUCAGCAUCCCUGGCGCGGCAUCCUCACGUCCAAAGCCGUCUGGGCGCUGAUCGUGUCGAGCUUUUCGGAAAAUUGGGGAUUCUACACACUGCUCACCCAGCUGCCCACAUUCCUGAGAGACACGAUGCACUUUGAGCUGCAGGCGGCCGGAUUCCUUUCCGCACUACCCUACCUAGUGAUGGGGCUGCUGCUGAGCGUUGCCGGCUAUCUGGCCGAUCUCUGCCAGAUCCGGCGCUGGCUCACGACAACCCAGGUCCGCCGGUACUUCAACUGUGGCGCUUUCCUCGCCCAAACCGUGUUCAUGCUGGUCGGUGCCUACAUCCUGCGCCCGGCCCCCACCCUCACCUGCAUCACGAUCGCGGUCGGGUGCGGUGCAUUCGCCUGGUGCGGGUUCGCCGUCAACCAUCUCGACCUGUCGCCGAAAAGUGCCGGCGUGCUGAUGGGAAUUUCCAACACCUUCUCGACGGUGGCCGGCAUCCUCACACCGAUCGUGUCCGGGCAGCUGACGGCGAGCGGGAGCGAGAACGAGUGGCGCACCGUGUUCUACAUUGCCGCCGGGAUCUAUCUGAUCGGUUGCGUCACCUACUGGUUCGGGGUGUCCGGGGAGCUGCAGCCGUGGUCGAUCGAGGCGCGGGAAAGGGAGCGGGAAAAACAGCGCCAGGACGGUGGGCAGGGGUACGCGAACGAGGGGCUGGUGAUGGAGCAGAAGGCUUAGCAAAAAAAAACAAACGGGAUAGCAAUGUAGCGAAAAGUAAUUUAAACGCUCCGUAGGGCACGAAAUAAUUGGGCCAAUUUUAGAGUCGCGUCUUAUCUUUAAGCUGGUCUUAAGAAAUGUCAAAUGGUAG